GCCGCCACCAUGGUGCAGAAAUCCCGCAACGGAGGCGUCUACCCCGGCCCCGCCGCGGAGAAGAAGCUCAAGGUGGGCUUCGUGGGGCUGGACCCGGGCGCCCCGGACUCCAGCCGGGACGGAGCGCUGCUCAUCGCCGGCUCCGAGAGCUCCAAGAGGGGCAGCAUCCUCAGCAAGCCCCGCUCCGGGGUCUCGGGCAGCGGGAAGCCCCCGAAAAGGAAUGCUUUUUACCGCAAGCUGCAGAAUUUCCUCUACAAUGUGCUGGAGAGACCGCGGGGAUGGGCUUUCAUUUACCACGCAUACGUUUUUCUACUAGUUUUCUCCUGCCUGGUGCUGUCUGUCUUCUCGACCAUCGAUGAGUACCAGAACAGCUCAGAAGGGGCCCUUUACAUCCUGGAAAUCGUCACCAUCGUGGUGUUUGGGGUGGAAUACUUCGUGAGGAUCUGGGCAGCCGGCUGCUGCUGCCGAUACCGGGGCUGGAGGGGAAGGUUAAAAUUUGCCCGCAAACCUUUCUGCGUCAUCGACAUCAUGGUGCUGAUCGCAUCCAUCGCCGUGCUGGCAGCGGGGUCCCAAGGGAAUGUCUUUGCCACCUCAGCACUCAGGAGCUUGAGGUUCCUGCAGAUCCUGCGCAUGAUCCGCAUGGACCGGCGGGGCGGCACCUGGAAGCUCCUGGGCUCUGUGGUCUACGCACACAGCAAGGAGCUGAUUACUGCGUGGUAUAUUGGCUUCCUGUGCCUCAUUCUGGCCUCUUUCCUGGUAUACUUGGCCGAGAAAGGAGAAAAUGAGCACUUUGAUACAUACGCAGAUGCACUUUGGUGGGGUCUGAUCACUCUCACCACCAUUGGCUACGGGGACAAGUACCCACAGACCUGGAACGGGCGGCUGCUGGCAGCGACCUUCACACUCAUCGGCGUCUCCUUCUUCGCCCUCCCUGCCGGUAUCUUGGGGUCGGGGUUUGCUCUGAAGGUUCAAGAGCAACAUCGGCAAAAACACUUUGAGAAGAGGCGAAACCCGGCAGCGGGCCUGAUCCAGGCGGCUUGGAGAUUUUAUGCCACCAACCUGUCCCGGACGGACCUGCACUCCACCUGGCAGUACUACGAGCGCACCGUCACCGUCCCCAUGUACAGCACGCAAACGCAAACGUAUGGUGCCUCCAGACUAAUCCCUCCUCUGAACCAGCUGGAGCUCCUGAGGAACCUGAAGAGCAAGUCGGGACUGACAUUCAGGAAAGAGCAGCAGCCCGAACCAUCGCCAAGUAAGAGCAAACCGUGCAGAGAGUCACUUUGCGGAUGCUGCUCAGGAAACUCUAGUCAGAAGGUCAGUUUGAAAGAUCGUGUCUUCUCCAGUCCCCGCGGUGCUGGCACCAAAGGGAAAGGCUCUCCACAGGCUCAGGGCAUCAGGAGGUCCCCCAGCGCUGACCAGAGCAUCGAGGACAGCCCGAGCAAAGUGCCCAAGAGCUGGAGCUUCGGAGACCGCAGCCGAGCCCGGCAAGCUUUCCGCAUCAAGGGAGCGGCGUCGCGGCAGAACUCAGAAGAAGCAAGCCUCCCUGGAGAAGACAUCCCCGAUGAGAACAAAAGCUGCAACUGCGAGUUUGUGACAGAAGAUUUGACACCAGGGCUGAAAGUCAGCAUCAGGGCAGUGUGCAUUAUGAGAUUCCUCGUCUCCAAACGCAAGUUUAAGGAGAGCCUUCGGCCCUACGACGUGAUGGAUGUCAUCGAGCAGUAUUCAGCUGGUCAUCUGGACAUGCUCUCCCGGAUUAAAAACCUUCAGGCCAGGAUAGAUAUGAUUGUGGGUCCCCCACCCCCUUCAACUCCCCGGCAUAAGAAGUAUCCAACCAAAGGACCCAUGUAUUCUUCCAAAGAGUCUCCCCAAUACUCGCCUAGAGUUGACCAGAUCGUUGGGAGAGGAUCCUCCAUGACUGACAAGGAUCGGACCAAAGGGCCAGCGGAGGGGGAGCUGCCUGAAGACCCCAGCAUGAUGGGCAGGCUUGGAAAAGUUGAAAAGCAGGUCCAGUCAAUGGAGAAGAAGCUGGACUUCCUGGUGAACAUUUACAUGCAGCGGAUGGGCAUCCCACCGACAGAGACAGAGGCUUAUUUUGGGUCCAAAGAACCAGACCCAGCACCUCCCUACCACAGCCCCGAAGACAGCAGGGAGCACAUUGACAAGAACGGCUGCAUCAUCAAGAUCAUCAGGUCCACCAGCUCCAUGGGUCAGAAGAACUUCUCCGCCCCACCAGCCCCAACCAACGCAUGCCCGCCCUCCACGUCGUGCCAGCGGCAAAGCCACGGCUCCUCUCCCGUCGGAGACCCCGGCUCGCUGGUCCGAAUCCCACCUCCGCCCUCCCACGAGCGCUCCUUGUACAGCGGUGGGCACAGGGCGAGCGCAGAGUACCUGAGGAACGAAGACAUUACAACCAAACACCACGAGAGUGCCAUGAGAGACAGCGACACGUCCAUCUCCAUCCCCUCGGUAGACCACGAGGAACUGGAGCGCUCUUUCAGCGGCUUUAGCAUCUCCCAGUCCAAAGAGAAUUUGGACAUCCUUAACAACGGUUGCUAUGCAGCCGUGGCCAAAAUCAGACCCUACAUUGCAGAAGGGGAGUCAGACACCGAUUCUGACCUCUGCACGCCCUGUGGUCCCCCUCCCAGGUCGGCCACGGGCGAGGGACCCUUCAGUGACAUGGGCUGGUCAGCGCCCCGGCAGUGAAGCCUUCCUGCAGCCGCCGAGCCACGUCCAAGCGCUGGCAGCUGCCCGCUCCAGCUGUCCACGUGUUGAACUUCUCAAGGAGAUUGACAGCUAAGGUUUUCCUCCUUCUAGGACAUCCUUAGCUGGCAGAUACUUUCUUGCAGCUUACUCUUGGGGGGGAAGAACGAGCAGGUCCGAGCCUGCGUUUGUGGAAGAGGUCACGGUGGUGGGCGAACUGGAGCCGUGAAGUCCAGAUUUCUUUCAUACUCUCUUUCUAAGAUCAUUAGGUGAAAUUAUUUCAUGGCGCAGGGUAGGCAAUUUGCAUUUCUUGGGAGAAUCUUCAGAAGCCCAGGGCAGGAGCAAAUCACCCAGCCAGGGCUUUUGUAGAUCACAGUAACUGGUGGCUGGCAAGUGUCAGGUGGGAGCUGCUACGUCAUGGCACCGGUGAUUACACCUUCAGGUGUUUUGGUAUUUGGAAUGAACGCAUUGUUUCCGGCUUAGAUUUCAGGUCACGUGUAAUUACAGGGGGUUGUUACUCUGUGGUUCCUCGUUAGCCAUCAGGAAGGUGGCAUAAUUCCAAUAUAAUACAUGGAAAUGUGGCAUAGAGGCACAUUUCCUCCUGGAGGAGAGGGAUGGUGGCUGGGAUAUUUGCAUGAGCAGAAGGCAUGGCCUCAGAGUGGGACAGGUUAGGAUACCACUCUGGACCAGAACAGUUUGGUUAUCCCAUCUUAGGAAACUGAAAAACUCAGAACUAUGAUCUUGAGUGCAAGAGGAGGGACAAUCCAGGGGGCAGAGAAAAGAGACAGAAGGAGAACAAGACACUGCAGGGCUGGAAUUUUCUGUUUUAAGCCAUGUAUUAUAUUUAAUUAUCUCUCCUCCUGCUGAUAAGGGACCUGGGGGUGCUUUGAAAGCAAAGAGAAACCAAAGGCAACCCCUCUGGAAGGCUGCCAUGGUGUGAAGCUGUUCUCAUGGCCAGCAGUGCCAUUGUGGAGGCACAGCCACCAGGCCAAAGGGAGAGGGUGGAUGUGCAGGAUUCUGUGGUCCCCGUGUUGCUGCGAGCUGCUGAGCUCCAUCCUUUGGAAGCCCUGUUGGUCAGAAUGGGCACUUUUCUUACAGUUUGCAUCGUGCCUGAACACUUUUGCACACACUUAUGCCUGUGAAAAUCUUCCCUUUCUUCUUCCAUCCUGCCAAGAAACUCACACCCAUGUUCUCGGGACAUCCUUUGGUUUGUUUGGAUCCCUCAAGCUGAGCUAAGAGGUUUUCUUCAUGGUUUGUUUCUUCAUGGUCUUUCAGAAGCCUCUUAGCCAUGCUUGCCUGCGAGUUGUGCCAAUCCAAGUCUGCCCUGUUUCAUUGUUGUUCAAGUACUUCCUUUUGGAAGGAUCGUUGUGUCAUUAGCAGGAACCUCAGCGGCGCGUUCAGCUGCGGGAAGGCGAGGGGAAAAGUGAUGCUCAAAGUCUCUUUUGGGACCAAAACCAAGUCACAAAGUGAUCCUUCACACGGAUAGGUUGGUGGUGUUUUUUGGAAGGGGGUGGAUCAGGAGAGGUCGUGUUUGGGAUCUGUCUCCAGGGCUGGGACACCACGGCUGGCAUUGUGCCUCUGAACCCUGCUGUGCUUUCACAGCCCAAACCCCACCCGUGUUUCCUGCUGGGGCUGUGGCUGUGAUUUCAAACCCUGUCUCGCCACAUUUCCCCUGUGUCAUAUCAGGAACCCGAUAAGGAUAUUUAGGUGACAGUUUCAUUUCUGUGUGGCCUUUGAGAGGUUGAACAUUGACUCACUUUGGGUUGAAGGGAGAUUCACAGCCUCUUUCUCUCCACCUGUUUGCUUGACCAGACAGAGUAAGGAGGAGAGACCCAGGAUGAUUUUGGCUUUAGGGAAGGUGUGGGUGCAGUCUGACAGUUUGCAGACAGGAAAUAAAACCAUUCUUUUGCUAGUGCCCAGGACCAACUCUCACAGGUCCUCACAUGAACUGAGGAAGGGGAAUAAAGGCUCUGCACAAUUUUUCCUGCCAUUUUUCACCAUUCAGGAGGGGAAAACAUUUUUCUUAGGGGGACCCUGGGCUUCCAGCCAUGCUACUUCCUUUCUUUCCCAUUUGAGCCAUAUUUUGGCUAACUUCUGCAAUUUUUCUCUCUCUGUUUGUGCUUCAAAACUCCUUUUGGCUCCAGAUUCCUUUGUGCAGAGUGAAAGCAGUGAUGCCCUUGACUUUCACACAGAGACAACUUUAAAUGCCAAAUGGCUGUAAAUUGCAUAGAUUUGCUUGUGGCAUGUUCAAAAAUGAGAUGCCUUCUGGUAGAACAAGAAGUGUCAGCGGGUCCUAAAUCAGACUUGGUGGCCUGUGUUUUCUAUUGCCCACAAGAAUAGAAAUUGCAUUAGGUGAGGCAAAAAUCAACAUUGCUCCAUCCAGCUGCUACUGCAAAUUUUGCCCAAGUCAGAGAUAACAGAUUUAUUAUCUUAUUUGUUUGCAAUUACCUUUCAAGGCCUGCUGGAAAUUUGUCACAGAAGGGUAUGAUACAAAGACAAGAAUGCCAGAGGAGGAUGAUGUCAUGCAGUCCUGUUGCAGCACAGGUACACGACUGGCCUUUAAUCACAGAAUCACAAAAUCAUAGAUUCAUAGAGCCAUAGCAUGGUUUGGGUUGGAAGGGACUUUAAAGCUCAUCUUCAGGGACUGCAUAGGAAGAAUUGAGUUUACCCUCCUCAGCUUACUACACUGGAGUCUAUAAAACAGAUCUUUUAAUGUGUAUCUUUAAAAGUUGUUGGAUUUGUCCCAUAAUCACUGAUUGCAGAAAACUGGGUUUAUACAUAUGCAGCACAGAUCAUAUCUGGUUGCUACAUAUUUCAUAUAGAAUUUUUUUUGGACAGUGUAAGAUUUAUUCCACCUAUUUCUGUGGCUUCAUAUCAAAGAAAUUCUGACACACCUCCAAAAAGCUUUUGGGUGGGUUUUGGUUUUUUUUCAGAAUCUGGGUCUAGAUCUGGAGAGAAAUACUGCAGUUGGCCCCUCCUGUGGGAUGGAGCAAUGUCUAGGACUGGGACCUGAACCCACAGUCAGUUUUUGGGUGCCUCAGGUCCAAGUGUGAGUUCAGGUGGUCUGAGGAGUUCAUGUCUCUGAACAGGAGAUGUGUCUGGUGAUGUUGCAUGGUGGCCUUUCAUGAUGUGACCCCGAACAUAGGAAAAGAGCACUAGCCAUAAGUCAGAUUUCCCAAUAUUUGGGAAGGGACUUUAAUGUUACUCCAGUGCAGAUUUUGUAUGUGAAUUUCCUUGUUGACUCAUUUUCUUAAUAAUACUUUUUGAAGCUAAUAUUAUCAAGGAGCUCAUCAAAACCAAACCUCUUGUCCAGCUCAGAAAGCCAUGAUAUUUCUUUAGGCAGACUAUGUGGUAGAUCAGAUUUUCUAAAAAUGUGUUUUAUUUCAAAUGCUACCUAAUAGAUCCAGAUAAAUUCUGCAGGGUCAUUACUAUUUGCAGAUAAAUAGAUAUAUUUUUACAUUUUUAAUUGAUUUUUAAAAUUUUAAAUUAUGUGACUUUUUAGAACAAGUUUGUAUUAUCUACCUGAGAAGCCAGAGCAUCACCUCAGAUACAAAUGCUCCCCUUCCAGAAAGUUACCCAAGAGAAAAGAAGAACACUUUCACUCAUACUUUUCCCUAGAGGGAGUUACUGGAAACCUCAUUUCCCUGAUAUCCUCAGACUACUUCAGUCACAGCAACAGUAUUGCUAAAACUAAAAUGUCAAGUAUUAAAAGAGAAACUGAAAUUCCUAAGGAAUUUACCCAAACAUUAUCCCAUAUGAAGACCCUUUACAGUGAGUAUUUUAUUGGGAAUGUUAAAAAAGCCCAGGAGCAGGAUAAGGAUUUCUGUUUCUCCAUCAUGUGAACCCUCAGGCUGAGAGUGAACCCUGAACCUCCAACCCUUUCUUCCCAGCACAGCCCUCUGACCAGAGCUGUGCUCCUGCCUCUUCUCCCAUCCUCUCUCCAUCACAGGUCAGCAUCUUCUGUUUUCAUCAGCAUCCUUUUCCUGAACCAGAAACAAGGAAAUCAGAUACAAAAGCUCCUUCACCUGCAGGUAACAUUGAGGCUGCAGAGGGCCGUGGUGGAGGGCUGAGGGCAGCAGCCCCUCCGAGCCCCACGGGGUCACUGUUGCUCAGCGGUGUAAAAGCAAACCUUUGCUUUUAGCACACAAACACCCCGAAUUUUCUGCCUCACAGAGCAAAAUCUGCUUAGAGCAGGGGUGUGGGUUCAUUGUUGGUUUUGGGGUUUUUUUUUAACAAUAACAAUAGGGUGGGUUUUUAAUAAUAAGGAUAAUAAUACUGCAUAGGAAUCUUCUUUAGUAUAUCUUAGUGUUUGAUGCCCCAGUGACACAAUACUGCUUGCCUUAUAUUAGUGUCUAGAGGGAGAGGGAUUACACACCUUUUGAUACACUGUUAAUCACGCUUCUAAUUUAGGUAGCAGCGGGGUCCUUUUUAACCUAUGAAUGUGCUUUCUGGACUAUCUCACUGACUGUACUCUCAAUUUUGCCUGCUACUGCAUGCAGCCUGAGAUGAGUAGACAGCAAUAUGCUCCAGCUGUAUCUGCACUCCCAGAUUGCUGUAGUACCUGACAAGGUAACGUUGCCAAAAGCAUCAUUUUGGGGAGAGGCUGUCCCCACAGUGACCCAUCUCGUAGGGUGCUGCGGUGCUUCUGUAGGUAACACUGAUAUACCGAGUGUUUUUCAUGCUGCAACCGAUCAUCACCCCAUCCCUCUGAUACAGCAUGCACAGACUCCACUUCUGCUUGUAACUAAGGGGUAAAAAAACCAUGUUUGUACCUGUGGUUCCUUCAGACAUGUACACGGGGAGGAAAAAAUAUGAAUUGUGUUGGCUGUGUGUAACAACCUCAUUUCCAUCUGGAUGCCUCUGAAAAAGAGCAUCCCAGAUAACCCUUUCUGAGGGUCCAGAGGAGCAGGCAGUGCCAAGGAUGGAGGACUGGUCUUCAUUUCGGAGAUGCCAUUUGAACCCACGUGUGUGGGACUUGCCAUAUGUCUGUUUUAAUUUCCAUAGGAUUCUCUCACCUACAUCCUGCUUGGGGGUGCAUGUGUAUUUGUACCUGCAGCACAGCCCGAGGGGUAGGGGGGAAUGUCACUCCAGAACUUUGGAAAUCCCUCUUGGAAAAUUUCAUUCACCCUUGUCUACAGCCCUUGGUGGUCUGCAGGGGACCCUGCAGCUGUGCCAUAGCCAUUCCUCAUGGAAGCAUCUCUUACUCUCCUCGUGGAGUGGCACUGAGCUACCUUUUUAUGUCCAUAAAUGUUUUGCCACUGUUCUCCCCACUGUGAUACCAGACUGUCAUGAGGCCUUGAGUGUUUGCCCAUCUCACUGGUGUUUGCAGUCCCUUGUAUCUCUUGGCACUGCUGCCAUGAUCUAGUUUGACCCUGGUCCUAUAUCCUCACCUUCCUUAUUCAUACUAUUUACCAGUGAAGCUGUAAUGCCUGCACUGGGACUUGCUGAUGGCCUGACAUCACUAGAUGCACCAGAGAGCCUUCAUGUUUUGUUAGCAUGACAUUUUUGGUUUUUUAUUGGCAUUCUAUUUGCUUCCUCAGUGAGCCACCAUGGCCUCGACACAUCCCUGGUUUGUUCUGCUGGAGCUUUUCCACCCAGGGAUGGAGUCUGUGUUGUCCCCCUGUGCAGCGCCCUCUUAGGGUUUGUCCCCACGGCUCUUGCUGAUUGCAGUGAAACAAGGAUGAGGGUUCAGUUCAGGUUUUCUUGUCCAGCUGAACAUCUCAGAGAAGAGCUCACAGGCUCUACCACUGUAGAUGCUUUUGCUUCCUGAAGCAGGAGCUGUUUUCAAGACCCCCAUCCCCUUUAGCAACCCAUACAUGGGGCUGUGCGUGGCAGGCUUGAUAAUGGGGAGAACUGGAAAGCAGCUGGUCCAAGCUGUGCUAUUUCCAAAGAUGCCAGUGAACCUGGAAGCAUCUUGCCCUCUCCCAAUUCCUGUAAAUACAGCUGCAGAUGAAUUUCUCCAGCAGCAUCUGUUUGCCUAGUUCUGAGAAACUUGAGCUCGCUGCAAAGCUUUCCAAAACUCAGUGCCAAGCUCAGGCUAGAUUUCACCUGCGGCUACACCAAUAAUUUUAGGGCAGGGCUAACGAUUUCAGGUAGAAGCCAUGCCAGAAUCUCCAGUUUGGGUGGUUCUGACCCCAAAACAAGGCUGAAUGUCAUGCUGCCAGCAAAGCCUGCCUUGGAAUUUCAUCUCCAUUUGACACUGGUGACUGUGGACCUGGGGACCUGACUCUUCUCCCCUCUCCACACAAGAAAAGGUCAGCACAAGCCUUGCAGGCCACAAUGGGAAAAUGCCUCCUUACUUUGGUAUGCUGUGGGCACUUCCCAUUAAAUCAGAAGCAGCAUUUCCUGGUAAUCCCUUAAACUUGACCAACACAGUGGCCAUGACUCAGUGUUUUCCAUAUGCGGUGAUGCUCAUGAAAAUGGUUUGUCAGAGAUGUGGAUAUGGUGGUCUCAGUCCUUUAGCAUCUCUGUAAACACCAUAUUCAGCCUUGCUGAGGACAAGUCAUCGAGGCUGGGGGCAGGUCUUUGUCAGUCCUGCCUGGCUGUUCACACUGGUCCAGCAUCUUCCCUGGAGCUGAAGUUAUUCCAUGCUCCUGUCAGCAGGCAGAAUGGAGACCUUUCCAUGUUGGUUACUCUUCCCUCCCCAGAAAACCCUAAAAUUUUAAUUUUCUUCACUUUUUCUCAAAAAAAUUCACGCACAAUGUAGAGUACCUGAGACUUUCAGGAACACUGAGGCAAAACCAGACAUAGCUGAUAAAUGACAGAGAUUUUGUUAUUUUAAACCAAGAGCAGAUGUUAAGCAUAGCUGCAGUUGCUGCGUGGUAUAUCAAAUGCUUUAGGAGAUUCAAUAAAUUAUUCUUAUAAAUGUUUCAUUCUUUUAUCAGUAAUUCGUAUAGGUGGGUGCCACCACGGUUCUUAUACAGCAAUGCUCCACACACUAAAACUGUACUCCUGUUUCUCCAAUAUAGACAUUGUAUUUAUGAAAUUUAUCUUGCUUGGUGUCACUUUGGCACGUUAUCCACGUGUACUGCACACAGAUUGCACAUUAUGUGCCAUAUGCUGGUAGGUAUCUCUACAUGUAAUCAGCGUAUGUGCGUUGAACAGACACCAAAGUGUCACCUGCCUGGUUUGUGAUGUGACUCAAUGUAACUGGGAAAAGAGGAAAAUGAACAUCCUGUUAAGAAAUUUGCUGCAUUUGAAUGCUUCUUUAAACAGGUUUUUAUCAGGAAGCUAAAAUAAGGGAUUGCCUUUGUGAUGUUAAUUUUAAAAAUACGGAACAAAACAAACACUCACAGCCCAUAAAUACUUAACAGCUGCUGCAUUCCUAUAUAUUCUUCAUUGCUAUACAUCUGAACUGUAAAUUCUGUACAGAUUGAAUGAAGUUCACAGUUUAUCUUUGUCAUAACCUGCAAGAUAAAAGGACAACACAACUUUGGCUGUAGAAAUACGUGCAUGUGGUUUGUGUACAUGCACCUACGUGUUGCUGUGCGUGCAUGUGGAUACGAACACGUGCACACGCUUCAAAACAGAUAAAGCUGCAUCUGAGAUGCACAAGGAGGGGGAAAAGUUCAGUUUGGGAGGUGAGAGAGUGGGUAAAACAAAACCAAAAGACUAUUUUAAUAAUGUCUUUCUAUCGGAAAGGAAGGUUUGCAAUGGGAAUUGAUGUGUGACUCCUAUCCCAAGGAGAAAUCUUACUUCUGAAGGCAGCACAGGCCAUGCAGCAGAGCAAUGCAGUUCUUUAAAUGAUGAUUUCUUUGGCUUCCUUUCAAACAAACAAAUACAAUACAGUGGCCAGUGCCAACUUCAAGUCCAAAGAGCCCAUUCCUAGGAUAUGUGGUCAAACAGUUGUCCCAUGCCAUCAGACAGCCAAGGGCAAAGGCUUUAAAUGCUGUGACAGGGUGUCCCACAACAGCAGUGCUGGCUGAUGGCAGUGCCAUGGUCUCCCACAAACCUGGCUACUGCCCAGGCAGAGGAAUCCACUGCCUUGUGGGUCUUACCUUUGCCUACAUAUUUUUAGAAAAGUCCCUAGUUAAGAGGUGUUUAAGAAAAGAGUCAUCAAAAGCCCAUCUUUGAUCUUAGAGUUAUGGAAGAAAUGACUAUGUUAUAACCACAAAAUCUGAUUCUCCAAGCAGAUCAGCCUUCAGACUCCAAUUGCCCCUAUUCAGAGAUUUCACCAGCCUCACCAAAUAAAUCAUCCUCUAGGAUUUAAUUUUGCCCAUAUUUUCACAGAUAUAAGACUUACAUUGGGUAGAACUUCCCCUUUGGUGUUUAAUCUAAAUAAACAAAGGCAUGAAGAGCUAAAUUUUCCAUUUAAAUACUGCUGGAUGCCAUUGAAAAAAUACCAAUCAAAUUUUUGCACUGGCCUGAAAUUUGUCUCUAGGUCCAAAAUUCUCAGCUUUAAGAGCUGAAAAAAAAAAAAAGGAAAAAUGUCUUAAAUAGGUUUACUAAGCAAGGGGUACAUCCAGUGCUGGGGUUUGUUGCCAUUUCCCUGAGAUACCUUGACAUUAUCAUGGUUUAUAACAGCAUCUGGCUCAUUUGGCCUUAAAUGGGCUAAAAAUGGUUCAUGCAUUUGUCCUGACAGUGAGAGCUGAGAGGGGAAUUUCACACCAGGACGAGGGGUGGGUGCUGCACACCCUCACCUCCCGCUCCUAAAACUCUGGGGCUCGGCUGAGCGUGGAAGUUUGGUUGUCCUUUAGAAAGCAAAGACAGCUGCUCUGCUUUGCUUCCUUUCGUUUGCUCUGUUGCCUUGGCUUUCUUGCACUUUCGUUUCAUCUCCAAAGAAUCUCUCAUAAUGCCUUUGGUACUUAUGUACAAUUUUAAAACAUUUUGUAUGUAUGGAAUGAUACACACCUUCUUCUCUUGUAAAAUAGCAAUCGGGCUUUUCUUUUCUCUCUUUUUUUUUCUUUCCUUUCUUUCCUUUUUUUUUUUUUUUUUUUUUUUUUUGGUGAAUGUGUAAUUUCCUCUGUACAUUUUCAACCAUGACUUCGUGCAAUGUACAUUUUAUAGGGUCGGGUGCCGAGGGAAUGACCUGUAGUGUCCCAAGGGACUGGCUGAGUGACACGGUCACAGGUGGUUUUACGUAAGCGCCGCGGGAGAGCGACGUAGCCCAGACUUUUUACACUGAAGCACUGAGCGUGAUUCAGCGUGUACCUUCACAUGGAAGACUGUGGCAGCUGCAAAAACUGUACGUGUGUGAUGUGGAGAACAACAGCGACGGUUGCAAUCGGAAGGGAAACGGAGGAAAAUUAAAUAAUCACGAUCAUUAAUUUAAGCCUCGAAGCAUCAGAAUGGAAAAUUUGCAUUCAGUAAAAAUACCAGAGAUUUAACCUUCAUGAGAUGAAAUACACAUUUAUUUUUCUUUGCA